AUGACCACCAUCGAGUCCACAAGGCUGCGACCAGCCAACCAGCUACCACCGACAUCAACACCCCUGUCCAUCCUCGAUGCAACGGUCGCGCGGUUCUCUCCAACAGGAGCAAUUUGGAUUUUCGACCAACAUCUAGACUUAGAUCAGAAGACAUUAAUCGAGCAUUUACGAACUUCCUUCAUUGAAACCCUAUCAAAAUUCCCCCAAUGGGCAGGCCAACUCCAAUGGGCAACCGUCAACCCCAAAGGAAACCACACCGAGCGUUUCAAUCGUCCAUUGAUCGUAUACGGAACAGACACCGACCCAGGUGUCGAAUGGACGGUAAUCGAACAUGCCUUCCGAGCAGACGAAAUCGUCCCCACAGCGGAGGAACGUGCUUCAUCAAGCACCGAUUCUCAGCCCGGCGCAUGGGCAGGCGAUGCCUUCAACGAAAGACUCUUCGUAUCAUCCAACCCACUCGCACUAGCCAAUCUGCGCGAUUAUGCCGGUCUACCAGGAAUGCAAGUCCAAAUCAGUCUUCUCCAGGAAGGGGGCUACGUCAUCGGAGUCAAGAUGGCGCACUGUCUAGCAGACGCACAGACGCUAAUGGUAUUCAUGCAUCAAUGGGCCCAUAGCAGCAAAAAGCAAUUCGGGAACCAACCGGAAACCCCGCUAAUGGGCGAGCCCGUGUUCGAUCCUGCGUUGCUGGAUAGCUGUGCUGCGGGCGAUAUUGAUAGCCCCGAGCCAGACCAAGGCCUCGUGCGCAUCGCUCGCAAAUUACCUCUACAUCGGUAUAGCUGGUGGGAUACUGCUGCCGAGGGUUACCCACCAUUUCUUAUACCGACGACGGAGAACUCCAAACCUCCGCCCGGAGAACUCGAGCACAGACGAGUCUCGCCCUCGGAACCAGCGCCGUGGGUUUCAUGGGAUUUCUCUAAGAAAGUCAGAUAUACACAGUUGCACUUCACAGCCGUAGAGCUAAGCAAAUUCCAAGCUACGGCCCUCGACACAGGGGGUCGAUGUGAUAUCUCUAGACUGGAUGCUCUGCUCGCACACCUGUGGAUAGCCAUUAUACGAGCACGCGGACAGGCCAACUCUUCAAGACGCGUAUAUAUGGAUCUUAGUCUCGGUGCACGAGCGCGUGUUUCGCCCGCUCUUCCUGAUACGUUCGUUGGAUCCCCGCUGUUCCUGACUCAUGUUAGUGGAAUGGCUUUUUCGGUAUGUCAGGAGAUAAUAGGCGAGACGGCUAGCCGGAUCCGAGAGACGAUGAAGGAGUUUACGGCUGAUGCUGUGGGUGCGAUGUUGCAUGAUGCUGCGCACGAGGUAUCGCCGCAGCGGCUGUGGCAGGCAUUUUUAGGGUCCGACCAUACGCUUGUCACGUCGUGGCUGCGACUGCGGUUGUAUGAUGUUGACUUUAUAGGUGGGAAUAAGCCACGUUAUGUGCAUGCUGUGAUGCCGAAGAUGGAUGGGUGUCUUCAGGUGAUGGAUAGUGGGGUUCAGGAUGGGGGGGAUGGAUGUUGCGCUUUAUCUUGA